AUGCGAAGAUUUAAUUGGGUUCUGCGGAAUUUACAGGCGCGAAGAACAUUUGAUUCUUCGUUCGGAUUGCGACCAGGGUCUCAGAAUCCGUUGUUCGAGCGUUACAUUCACGCUACAGGAACAUCCUUCUCCAGUGCUCGUAACUACUAUGAUGUUCUCGGUGUUUCUCCAAAAGCUUCGCGGGAGGAGAUUAAAAAGUCAUUCCAUCAGCUUGCAAAGAAAUUCCACCCUGAUACAAAUAGAAAUAAUCCUUCAGCCAAAAAGAAAUUCCAGGAAAUAAGAGAGGCCUAUGAGACUCUUGGAAAUUCUGAAAGAAGAGAAGAAUAUGAUAAGCUGCGCUAUCGGAAUUCAGAUGAUGUAAAUAACGACGGUGGUGAUGCAGAGAGGUUUAGACGUGCCUAUCAGUCCACUUUCUCGGAUUCGUUCCAUAAGAUUUUUUCUGAGAUAUUUGAGAAUGAAACUAAUCAGUCUUCACCUGAUAUUCGGGUGGAACUGUCGCUUUCUUUUUACGAAGCCGCAAAAGGGUGCACAAAGCGUUUGAAUUUUGAUGCAUAUGUCUUUUGUGAUUCGUGUGAUGGGCUUGGCCACACUCUGGAUGCUGCCACGAGAGUUUGUCCAACAUGCAGGGGCGCUGGACGAGUAACUAUUCCUCCUUUUACAGCAACAUGCCAGACAUGCAAGGGGUCGGGACACAUUGUUAAGGAGAACUGCAUGUCUUGUAGAGGAUCCGGUGUCGUGGAAGCCACAAAGACGGUUGAAGUUGUGAUCCCUGGGGGGGUGGAGUCUGAAGCUACGGUCGUAAUCGAAGGUGCUGGUCAUGUAAGAUCAAGAAGAAGCCAACCUGGGAACUUGUAUAUCAAAUUUAAGGUUGCUAAUGAUUCGACUUUCUCUAGGGAUGGCUCAGAUAUUUAUGUGGAUGCUAAUAUUAGCUUUACACAAGCCAUUUUGGGAGGCAAAGUUGUGGUGCCAACACUAUCAGGCAAGAUAGAGCUAGAUAUACCAAAGGGCGUUCAGCCUGGCCAACUUCGUGUUUUAAGAGGCAAAGGACUACCGAAAGAAGGAUUUUUUGUAGAUCAUGGAGAUCAGUAUGUGCGAUUCCGUGUAAAGAUUCCUACUGAAGUUAGCGGACGUCAGCGCGCUAUACUGGAAGAGUUUGCAAAGGAAGAAAUCAACAGUGAAUUGAGUGAUUCUGCUGACGGAAGCUGGUGGAAUUGGACUGGUCCUCAGUUGGUACGCGAUUUCUCGAUAAUGGUGCUGCUGGCGAUAUUGUUGAACAAGUUAAUGGGAUGA